ACGGUUGAAUUUCAGAUCGAGUCUUGAGACUGGUGGCCAUGUGACGGCUUAAUUAAAGAAUAAUAAUAAUAGAAAUUGUAUAUCAUACGGGGGAGCAUUACACAAGCCAGAGAGACAAAAUGGGCAAUGUGCAGCCGCGUACACUGGAGCCGCGCAAUGUGGCAAACCGGCGAAGCAGUAUCCUGUGGAACUUUCGCUACUCGAAUGCAGCACGCCGGCGGGAGGAUCUGGCUGUGAUUGUGCACAACUCCCGGAUGAGCAUUGCCGAAUGGUUGGAUCUCUUGGAGCUGCAGCAGUACGAAGGUAAUCUGCAGGCCUACAGCACUGUGGAUGAUGUGGUGGACAUUACGGACAAGGAGCUAAAACGCUGUGGCAUACGCAGCGCACAUCGCCAGCUGAUGAUCAACAGUCUGUUGGGUGUGCGGGCAAAGCGUCGGCAAUCCAUGAUUUUAGAGGCUAGCAGCAGCAGGCCGCGUGCUGUGCCGCGACGCAAGAAUUCCUGUCCAUUGGUUUAUCUGGAGGAAAGUUCCAUCGAUAUCUCGGGCAGUGGCGAUAGCGGUGGUCGCGACUUGAUUAUCACCAAAAGUGGCAAAGUGCUCAAGCAACUGACUUUCGAUGAUACAAACACCAUCUACGAAGAAUUGAGACCGCGCUCCAGGUGCAACAGUCCCCAUUGGGGUGCCCACAUUGAUAGCGAAAUGGAGCAGACUAGCGGCAGCAAUGCCUCCACACCGAUAGCCGUGAAUUCGCCGAAUCCCAAUGAGCAACAGGAGGCCAUAGCCCUGAAGAAGGCACUCGAAUGGGAGUUGAGUUUGGAUGCCAGGGAGCUGCGUUCCCAUGCCUGGUACCACGGACCACUGCCACGACAACGGGCCGAGGAGAUUGUCCAGCGGGAAGGAGACUUCCUGGUGCGGGAUUGCGCCUCACAGCCGGACAACUAUGUGCUCAGUUGUCGCAGCAAGUUGGCAGUGCUGCACUUUGUGCUGAAUAAGUUGGUCCUACAACCAGAGACUGUGUACGAGCGCGUCCAAUAUCAGUUUGAGGAAGAUGCCUUUGACACGGUGCCUGAUCUGAUCACCUUCUACGUGGGCUCUGGCAAACCCAUCUCUGCCGCCUCGGGUGCUCUCAUUCAGUAUCCGUGCAACAGGCGAUAUCCACUGUCCUUUUAUGGUCACAAGAUUGUGGGUAAUCAGCUGCACAGCCAAAUGUUGGCUGGGCUACGUGGCCUGAGUCCUUUGAGCUCGCCACUGGGCAGCAAUGGCGCAGGAUUGGGCAAUGCUGGAAGUGCAGUCUUUCGCUUUGAGCAACAGCAGCAGCAGCAGCAACAGCAGCAGCAGCAGGCAGUGCCACAGCAGACUGUAGCCUCUCCUGGUAGUCCUCAUUGCUCGCCGCCACGAGCACGUCGCGAAGUUCCUCCGCCGCCGCGGCUGCCCUGCAAGAAGCAGCAGCGAUCCCAGAGCCUGACUCCCGCACAGGCCAUGGUCGUGAGCAACAUUAACAAGCUGCAGGAGCAGCAGUUGCAGCUCCAAGAGGCAGCCAAUGGCAACAGCAAUGGAACUUCCAAUGGCAAUGGACUGGCCCGCUUCCAGACCAUAGCCAGAUGCAAUCCCACCAGCGAUGUGCAGCAGCAACAUUUGGAGAAUAAGUUUACCAGCCACUCGCUGCCCAGGCCGAGUACUUCAGCAGCGCAGGCGCUGCGCCAGCAGGCAGCAGCCAGGAUGUCGAGUUUAGCCAGAAAUUGCAGCCUGGACACAGGGUCGGACUCGAGUCGGCCACCCAGCCCGCCGCCGAAGCCGCGCAAGGAGCCAAUGGCCGCCGUGUUGGCAUAUCAGGCAAGUGGCUCCGAUUCGGGCAAUGGCUCGGGCGACUCGGCACUGGGCGAUGGCAGUGAUGUGUGCAUACAGCGUGGAGUGAUCAUCAAGAAUCCAAGAUUCAUGAGCAGCUCCGCGUCCAAUGGCACACUGAAGAGUUUCAGCGAGUUUGAUGCCAUGGCAGCGGAGGAGAAUCUCUUCACAUUGGCCAUUGAGGAGGUGCGAGUGGGCAGCAAAUUUGAUUUUGAAAACUUUAGCACUUUGUUGCUGCCUUCGGUGGAGAACAAGCCGCUGGAUGGUGAUGCGCUGAACACCUUCAAGAUGAUGCUGCUGGAGACGGGGCCCAAGCUGCUGGCGGAGCACAUAACACGCAUUGAUAUUGGUCUGUUUCUAGAGCAGCCCGACGAUGAGUUGGACUACUUUCUGAGCUGUUCGGGACUGGAGCUGUUGACGCUGCCGCAUGGCAAACUCUUUCGCGAGGAUAUCAUCGAGCGCACGCAGUGCAUCAAGCUGAUGGUGGCCGUCACCAUACUCACCUGUCAGACGGAUCUGGAUCGGGCACAGUUGCUCAGCAAGUGGAUACAGAUUGCAGUCGAGACAAAGACGGCAUUGGGGAAUCUAUUCGGCUUCUGUGCCAUUAUGUUGGGACUGUGCAUGGCACAGAUCCAAAAACUCGAUCAGGCCUGGCACAUUCUGCGGCAAAAGUACACGGACAGCGCGUUUACAUUCGAGGCCAAGUUGCGUCCCACUUUGAGCAGCAUGAACGAGGCAUCCAAUCCGCAGGCGCCCAACACCACAGUGCCCCAUGUCCUGCUCUAUGCGCUGCUCAUCGAUCGUCCAGUUAUGGAUAUUAUCAACCAUUCGAAUAUGGACGAUCGUCCGGCGCUGUAUCACACGUGCAUUGCUCCGUGGGAAUCGAAGGCGGAUGACUUUGGCAUGUCCAUUAACUUCCAGCAUUUGGAUGCGUCGCGCGGCUUCCUCAAGAGCCUCGAUCUGUAUCGGAAGAAUGCCAAAAUGAUGCUCGAAGACGCCAGCAUUCGACUGGAUGAAUUGCUGUCGGAUGCUUUUCGAACUGAAUUCCACGUGAAGUUCCUUUGGGGCAGUUGUGGGGCCACGGCCAAGCCCGAGGAUCGUCAUGGCAAGCUGGAAAAGGUGCUUACACUAAUGGCCGACAAGUUCUGCAUGAUGGCCGGCGAAGUCAAGUGAAAUGUCACUGAAAACAAAGCAACGAUCAUAUGGACUCUAGUUUCUAGUGGAUAAUAACUAAAAUAUAAUUACUUAUUCUAUAAUCAAAACGAUUGUCAUUCCACACACUUCCAGCUACCAAUCAAUCUCUAUCAAUCAAUCAAUCAAUCUACUCUCUAUGUAUCUCCAAUUGUCUACAGACCCUCCGCAAAUUUGAAUUUCGUGCUGUCUCUACCUCAGCCUGGGUAUAUCUGUAUUUUAUAAUAAUUUUAGCAGAAACACACUCCAAGAAGCACUUUAUGUUACAGUUCAAAUAUUUAUUAAUUAAUCCUUAGUUAAGCCACAAAACGAAAACAAAAA